AACUCACAUGCGGACUCACACAGGAGAGAGACCUCACAGGUGUGGGGAGUGCAGCAAGGAGUUCAGUAAACUCAGUAAUCUGAAGAGGCACAUGGGGACUCACACAGGGGAGAAACCCUACAGGUGUGAGAAGUGCAACAGACUGUUUAGUCAGCUGAAUCAUCUGAAGUCACACAUGCAGACUCAUACAGGGGAGAAACCCUAUAGGUGUGAGGAGUGCAGCAGGCAGUUCAGUAGGCUGAGUAAUCUGAAGAGCCACAUGCGGACUCACACUGGGGAAAAACCCUACAGAUGUGAGGAGUGCAGCAGGCAGUUCAACAGGCUGAGUAAUCUGAAUACACAUAUGCACAGUCACACAGGGGAGAAACCCUAUAGGUGUGAGGAGUGCAGUAGGCAGUUCAGUCAGCUGAGUGCUCUGAAGACUCACAUGCGGACUCACACCGGAGAG